CCUUCCUUGAACUCAGACAGUUUUACACACAUUCGUCAAAGUGCCGGACAAAUUGUCAGAAGUUCUGGGCGAUGUCCUGGAAUUAUGCGGCGGAGGCGGAGGCGGAAGUGGCGGUAGUGGUGCUGCAACUGGCGACAAAAACACGUCAAAGAACACAUCGAGCGGAAGCGCGGCUACUAAGAUCGGUGCUAUGACAGGAGUAGCGAUAAUCAAGGGAAGAUGGGCCCCAAGAAGCACACGUUCGCAGCUUUCUUCCAUUGCUAAUACCGACAGUGCCGACAGUACAACUUCGACUAGUUCGGAGGAAUUUAAUGUCAUGAAGGAGCAGCACACGAUACAAUCGUCGACAACCGAAUCGGGUUUACCCCAUCAAAGUCGCAGUUAUCCAAGCGAUGGUGGAAGUAGCGGUCGAACAUUGGCGAGAGACUCGUCUAUCAGCUCACAGAGUUUGCCAAAGGGUGCAUCUUGUUCUUCAAAUUAUCGGGGAUCAUCACCUCAAAUCAGAGCAUUCGAUCCGAACGGACGGCAUCAUGUUCAACAUGAACCUUUACACGCCGCCUCUUCAUAUCCACCUGGCAGAAGCUCGAGAUCUCCUUCGCCAGCUCGUGCAGCAUCCUUGGAUACACGUUGUGCAAGUCCUGCCAGUUACACGAGCAGUCUGCAUGGUGGAAAUAUGUUACCUUCACAGAUCUCUUUAUCAUCCGUAGCAACGGGUAUAAGUUCCACUUGCGGGUGUUCGCCGAUAAAUGCCGUUCAAAGUACUUCCAGACAGACCAGUCGUUGCUUAUCGCCUCUUCUUAUUCCAUCGCCACAUGCUUCUAUAAGUAGCGAUAGUGGUCCCGUUCCACCUGCUUCUCCUCUUGGUUCUUUACAACCGGAUCUUUAUCAAAGACGUGACGGUCCUGUCUUUCUUAGCGCUCGCAGGACGGGAAAGCAUUUGGGCAGGCUUCAUCUGCGCUUGAGAUACGAUUUUGAUAAAUCAGAUUUGGAUGUGCAUUUGAUCGAGGCACACAAUCUCGCAGGCAGCGAUCAAGGUGGUUUUAAUGAUCCCUAUGUUAAGUUAACUCUUAGCCCAGAAGUGGACAGCAGGAAAAGACAAACACAGAUCCAUCGAAAUGAUCCAAAUCCAUUUUUUGAUCAGCAUUUCAAAUUUCCUGUUAGCUACGAAGAACUGCAGGAGAAGACACUAGUUUUACAGGUAUUUGACUACGACCGUUUUUCAAGAAAUGAUAUGGUAGGCUCGGUGAGAGUGGCCAUGGAUAGUCUUGAAUUGGUUUCUUCUACUUCCUCGAUAGAAGUUUGGGGUGAAAUAACGAGAGAACGAAAACCACCGGAAGAAAUUCAAGAAGUUUUGGUUUCGUUAUCUUACUUACCGAGUGCUGAGAGACUCACGGUUCUCAUGAUGAAAGCUAGAAAUCUGUUUCCCCAACAGGAUAAGGAAACAUUGGAUCCGUUCGCGAAAGUUAGUCUUCUCUGUGGAGAAAGAAAAGUAAAGAAGAAAAAAACAGCCGUUAGGAAGGCUACGACAAAUCCCAUUUGGAAUGAAGCAAUGUCGUUUAAUAUACCUGCCUCAUUACUUGCAUCGUCGGCUAUAGAGAUAUGCGUGUUGGACUCGAGCAGUGAACUCAUCGGUGGAAAUGCCAUUGUCGGAUCUUGUAUCAUUGGACCGGCUACAAGUGCGGACAGCGGUAACAGUCAAGGACGGGAGCAUUGGCUUCAAAUGACGCAGUCUCCGAGAAAGCAAAUUGCUGAGUGGCACACGCUACACUAGUUUGAUCAUCGUUACGAUCUAACCGUUUGAUUGCCCGAAUAAUUCACAUCCUUGAACGAAGGAACUACAAUCUAUCGUGUAACGUUGCAUA